AUGCACGAGACCUUCAACUUCGUUGGCAACCUCAGGAUGUGCAAUCCCUCUUCCCUUGAAGAGGCAGCUACCAAGGAUCAAGGGAGCUGCGGGAAGACGGUGUGCCUGCCUGCCUCCCUGCCGGUGCUGGCCAUGAGGUGGUGGCUGGGGCUCGGGCUCUUCGUGCUCCUCUACUUUAGUUUAGGCUAUGAGCAGGAAAAGGAGGUAAUCAGAAGCAAAAUGGGGGGAAAAGUGGGCCUGCCUUGUUGUUAUGAAAUUCCCAGCUUCGACAGCCUGCAGAAUUACCGAGUCUACUGGCAGAAGAGCAUCACAGAGGUAGUGCUUGCCUACGCAAAGGGGAAGAAGAUCUCCAGGAAUGAGCGGUACGACAGCCGCACAGCGAUGGACACCAGGAACUUCACCCUGUGGAUCUCCCCUGUAGAAAUCCUGGACAAUGGCUCUUAUCACUGUGUGGUUCAGGAACUCAAAAAUUCGGAGAACCCCCAUGUUGUGUGUACUAAGCCUGUGACCUUCUUCGUUGCAGCUGACUUCAGUAAGCCAAAUGUAACAGCAGAAGAAUUUGCUAAUUCUUGUGAAUCAACUGAGAUGAUGGUAACAUGUUCUUCUCAUGGAGGUUUCCCUAAACCCAAAGUCUCCGGAGCCCUCGCCAACAAGCCUGUGGUGUGGAAUGCCAGCCGCGUGUCUCAGUCCAGCCUCAGCCUGUACAACGUCACUGCCCACCUGUGGCUCAGCGUCACUGAAGACAUCAGCUUCACUUGCUCCAUUGAAUAUAAUGGCUUUGCCCAGUCCACCACUUUGCUUCUGAGAAAAACAAAUGACUGCAUUGUCCCUACUGUGCCUCCACCUCAUAAUGUCAUUAUUGCUUCAAGUAUCAUCAUUAUUAUCUUCCUUUUGGCUCUCAUCCUAGCAGCAAGAUACCUCCCAAGGCAUGUCUGUUCUCACUGCUGUAAGCCUCAGCAUUCAGUGGAAGAGGAUGUGAAAGAAGGUACAAAGCCACCCACAAGCUCUAAAAUGACAUCUGAAACUUCAUCUGUGUGAUCAGGUCACACCAGCAGGUUUCUCAUCCUGUGUAUUCUGCACCGCAGUCCCCACUGUUCGUUGUACAGCAAUGCCUACCCCGUUGACCCUUUGGCACUCUGAAAGGGGAUGAUGGAAGUAGAAAAUUGUGCUCAAGAAGUCUGACAAACCAAUCUUGUGUGAUUGAAUACAAACCCCCACCUACACCACA